GGCAUUUCUUCUCCCCUUCACUUUUCUCCAUUUGCAGUCUUUCUCUUUGAGCAAUUCACUCAACCUGGUAUCACAAGCCUCUCUCUCGCUUUCACAUGCCGCUAUAGGCGCCCCAGUCACUGCCCCAGCCUGGGAAAAGCUCCUCCAAACUCCACUAAACGCCAGAGCCGGCGCAAGGUCCAUCGUCAUACUUUAGCGUACUUUGGGGCCCCUCAGCCUCGCUAUAGCCCCCUAAGUGCUGCCAACGCCCCAAAGUUUGGUUCGCACAACUAGUCAGUCAGGUAUCGCAUGCGCUCCUCGGACAUUUCUUCUCACACCCGCAUUAUCAGUCGCUACAUUAUUUGUCUAUCUUUAGCUUCCUGCAAAUCUUCCUCGGCUGUCGCACGGCGUUUCGACUCGGCCUGUGCUACUCGCGACUUUCACCAUCUGCUACAGCACACUCGUACUGUAUCACCUUGAGCCCCUUCCACGUGUCAGCGUGGCCUGGCUUUUCCUUAAUCAACCGCGCGUUCAAGGGCCUCUCUACACAGCAAACUCCUGGAGCCACCCACAGAUUGAUUACCUCGAUGCGCACAUAAAUAAAUGGCGUCGUUUAGUAAGUUCCAUGAUAUAUUUCCUUUCAAGGCCUCCGAACCCCUCCCUCCGAUAACGCGCAAGCCAUUCUUCCCUUCCCCUUUCCGCCACAGCGCUGCCUCGCAUUAGCCCAAGCUCCCCCACCAGCCUGUGCCAUCCGGUACUCGCUAUAUAUCUCCCGGGCCAUCCGGAUUGCGCCGCAUUCUGUUCAAUUGUCUUUGUGCAUCUGCUAACAUGAAUAUUCUCUCAGUGGGAAAGGGCCAUCGCAAGCCCAAAUUUGAACUUCAUCUAAAGAUCUAUGAUCUCAACAAUGUUCCGCUCGUUUCCGGGAACUCGUACAUCAAAUGGCAUCUCUCUCAUUCAAUGCAUGCCGAGCAUCGCGGCCGCACUAGCAAGUGCUCCGUUGCGAACCAUCGCGUUGAAUAUGCCUACACCAAAGUCAUUCAGUCUGUCCGAAUUUCCUUGGACAAAUCCAAUGUGUUGUCUGAAUGCCCCAUCGAAUUGGAGAUCGUUCAAGAAUUCCCCGGCGCCGAAAAGAUGACGCUAGGUUUCGUUCGACUGAAUCUGAGUGAGUAUGUCGAAGAGAGCGAAUCCUUCGCCCGAGAUUCAUUCUCCUCGCCCACCAGAGUCCGCCACGGCAGCUCAAGUGGAAUCAGUCCCGUUAGCUCUGCGCCUCGCUCCAGCACUGAUACUCGCGACCCCGAGGAUGGUAUUGUACGCCGCUACCUCAUGCAGGAUAGCAAAGUCAACAGCACACUCAAGAUUGGCAUUCUUAUGGUGCAAGUUGAUGGCGAGCGCAGCUAUAUAGCGCCAGCUCUUAAAACUGCUCCUGUGUUUGGUGGUAUUGCUGGGUUCAUGGCACCAGAACAACUGGAGGAUGAUACAGGCCCCCUACCAGUCAUGAGCAAGAACCGGGAGACCGCCGAAGUGCAAGAUUUGUACCGCCGAACCCUGGCCGCGUCAUGGUCCCGCCAGCCUGCAGAACUCCCUGCAGAUGAGUGCAUUGAGGACAUUUUCUCGGGAGGAAACGGCUGGAAGACAAAGCGAGACCACUCGUCUUCCACCGCAGACACCGAAGACGAUGACGCUAUCGACGGUGGCUACAACAACGGCACCCUCCGCCCCAGCGAUAUACGUCGCAUAGGCAUUCGCUCACAUCAGCGCACAAACAGCGCAUCAAGCGACAAGAGUGUGAGCACAGUCACUGGGCGCCGCCAUCGCCACCACAAUACCAGCAGCCCCCGUAAGAAUGGGUCGCGACAUGCACGUGGUGACUCGCGAGAUGAUGACUUGGCUGGCCGAAGCAGUCGCAGCGGCAGCAUAGCCAGUCUUGCUCCUACUCUUGGAAGCAGCAGCGGAAAUGAGCGCGGUGGCAGGACAGAAUCUGGCUACAAACACCCUCGUGAACUAGACGAGAUGGAAAUCAGAGAUGACCUUGUAGCAUGGAAACUUCCAGGUCAAGGUUUGGUAACCUGAGCUGACUUUGCUAUUACCUUUUUCGAAGGCGCUGCGUGGCGUUUGUUUUGGUGUGUCUGCUGCAAGUCUUAUUCCCCGUGCUUUUCUUUUUUAUAUUCUUGCAAGGUGUUGGGCUUGUUUGGUGUGUUGUUUAUAUUCUUUUUCACACAAGGUUACGUUUAGGCAAACGGAUAUACGGUAUAAGGAGUUUGGAGGGCGUGUUGAUUUAUUAUCCCCGAGCGCUUGGUAGAGAAAAACGUCCCAGAGACAGGUUUGGAGCAACAGCACGUUUCCUUUUACUAUUGUACUUAAUAUAAUACAUGAGCGCUAUAUCAGCUAUGUCACGUCUGGUGCUGGUUGAAAAGAAAAGAGUAUGUGUGAAACUAUGGCCUGUUCACCGUCUAGAUCUAACCGGCGAAGCCCUUUUCGUUCGCUAUGUGAAACUAUAAGACAAAAGAAAACAAAAACAUAUUCUAUAACCCCGUUGGUCGUAAGGAACAUGACAUAAACUCCAGCUUAUAUUCGUGUUAAGUCUUCCGUCAUGACACUGUCUCCCCUUUUGGCAACCGUUGUAAACUUUUCCAAAAACACAAAAGAUGGCUCCCUAGUCAAUUAAACCAUUUAAGGGGCAGUCAGGGUGCCGCGGAUGCCGCCCUUACCACCAACCUCACGGGCGGUGACAGUGACGCUGAGGUCACCAAGAACGUUAACGGUGACCUCGACCUUGCCGUUGGCCUUGACAUCCUUGAUGGCAGCCUCAGCCAGCUGCUUGCCGGUCUUCCAGAUCUUCUCACGGUGCUCCUCCUCCUCAUCCUCGUCGCUGUCGAAGUCGCUGUCGUCCUCAUCGGCGGGCUUCUCCUCCUUAGCCUUGGGCUCAGGCUUGGUGACCUUGAUGUGAGUACCACCCUCAACAACCUUGAUGAUGACAUCACCACCGGCCUUGGGGGCAGCGAUGUGAACGGUGCGGCGGGCAGGGACAGCGGUCUCGACCUGCAUGACGGGGCUGAAGACCUCCUCGCCGUUGGCACCGAUGGUCAGGACACCAAUGGCGUUGGCAAUGUGCUUAACGGUGGUGACAGCGGCGUGGGUAGACUGUUCAAUGUCGUUGGCAUCGUAUUCCUGGAUAAGAGAAGCCUGGAGAGCGGCACCGCGGGCCUGGAGCUCAGAGGGGUUGAUGGCGGUAGCGCUGGUGGCGGGAGCGAGAAUGGUGGUGGUCUCAGGGAAGAUGCCAGCGAGGUUGUUGGCAAUGCGGGGGGUGUGGGAGGUACCACCGCACAUGAUAACCUCAUCGACGUCAAGGACAUCGAGCUCAGCCUUCUUAACGGCGCCCUCGACGAGGCGGUUGAAGCCCUCGAAGACCUUGCGGGCAACCAUCUCGUAGCGGAGGCGGUUAAUGGUGGAAGAGAAGUCAAAGCCGUCGAGCAAGCUCUCUACACUGAACUGAGCGUUGGUACCCAAGCUGAGGGCCUUCUUGGUGGCCUCCGCCUCGAGGCGGAGCUUAGCCAAGCUCUUAACGUUCUCGCGGGGGUCCUUGUUGUGCUUCUUGAUGAACUCCUUGGCAAAGUGGUCCAUAAGGGCCUGGUCAAGGUUGACACCAGCGAAUUCGUAGUCGUGAACAGUGGCGAGGAUGGUGUACAUGCCACCGCGGGAAGCAAUGACAGCAACAUCGGAGCGGGUGCCACCAAGGUCGGCAACAACGACAAUCUUAUCCUUGAUCUCAGCAUCAGGUCUGGCAUCGUAAGCCAAGACAGCAGCAACGGGGUCAGCGAUGAGCUGGAGAACCUCAACAUCGGCAUCGUUGGCAGCCUUGAUCAAAGCCUCACGCUGCUUAUCGUUGAAGUUGGUGGGAACAGUGAUGACAGCGGAAGUAACCUUCUUGCCAAGGUAGUCGGAAGCAGAGCCUACGAGACGGCGGAAAUAGCGGGCAGCAGUCUCGCUGAUGUUGACGUCAGAGGCCUCCUCGCUCUCAG